AUGGAUCUUAGCAAGCACUCUUCUAAGGGAAAGAAGGAAAAGAAAACCUUCUUCAAGACCAGCUUGGCCAAGAACGCGGCUGCGUCGUCCCGCGACCCCUCGGACAAUGGUGGAUACGCGUCUAGCCUUGCUGAUGAGGCUCCUCUUCUGGGUGGUUCCCCCGCGGUGUCUGACAGCGGGGACCCUAUCCCCGAGCCCGAGCCUACCCCCGAGCCCGAGGAAGAGCUUGUCUGGAGACUGGUAAGCUUCCGAUACCGGAUUGACAAGGACAUUCAUGUGGGACGUAUGAUACGAAGGCUUCGGGAGAAACAGGACCGUCUUGAGGAGAAGUUCGAUGAGGCCCAUGCCAAGCUUUAG